CGCUCGGGGGAGCGGCCGGUGACGGCGCGGGAGGAGGACGACGAGCUGCCCGACUCCAUCGAUGAUCGGGAGAUCUUCGAUCUCAUCCGCUCCAUUAACGACCCCGAGCACCCCCUCACCCUGGAGGAGCUGAACGUCGUCGAGCAAGUGCGGGUGAAGGUGAAUGACGCAGAGAGCACGGUGGCCGUGGAGUUCACUCCCACCAUUCCUCACUGCAGCAUGGCGACGUUAAUCGGCCUCUCCAUCAAAGUAAAAUUGAUCAGAUCUCUGCCUGAGAGAUUUAAGCUGGAUGUCCAUAUAACACCAGGAACACAUGCUUCUGAGCAUGCAGUUAAUAAACAGCUUGCUGAUAAAGAACGUGUAGCAGCUGCUUUGGAAAACUCUCACUUACUGGAAGUAGUGAAUCAGUGUUUGUCUGCUCGAUCAUAACUGUCCAAUGAGGAAAUCGUUGGUAUUCUGCUGUGUUAAACUAAUUUUGUAUAUGAAGUGGUGAUGCUAGUGUUACAAUAUCCAUAUGUCUGUGAGCAAAAUAAAA